AUGGCCAUGCAGAUGCACUGGGUGUAUCUACUUGCUGCGGCCUUACUGUUGCCCUGUCGCGCACUUUCCUUCAACAGAACUAUCGACGACACCGAUUCGAACGCGUGGAGCUUCUCGAGCAGCUGGCACGCGAUAGCGGACGGGCAUCCUUGUCAGGAUUGCGUUGCAAAGCCCGAUCGAAACAGAGUGUACAACUACUCGUGGCACGACGGCGCGCUUGGGUCCGGCUCCUUCCGCUUCCAAGGCACUCAAGUUUACAUCUACGGCAUCGACGUGCCCCGGCCCGGAAACAUCACCUUCACCAUCGACGACCCGCCCAGCUCCAGCUCGUAUUUCUUCGACUCCGGCACUAUCCUAUACGAAUCGCUCUUUUUCCACGCGCAGGGGCUCGACGGCGCCAAACAGCAUACCGUGAACUGGUCCGUGGCGCUCGGGCCCGGCGGCGGCGGCUCGGUGCUGCUGGACUAUGCUGUCGUCACCGUGAACCAAACCGAGACUGGGCCAGCCUCCCCCACAAGCAAAUUGAAAGUAGGCCCAAUCGUGGGCGGAGUAGUAGCCGGUGUUGUCGCGCUGGCAAUUCUUGUGGUUGGGUUGCUGUGCUACCUUAAAGCACGCCGUCGACGGCAGGAAAAAGCCUUGUCGGUCUGGCCAGACGGGAUUGAACUUGGCAGCGACACCACUAUUAGCACGCAGCCCAUGUUACACGCACACGCCGAUCCAACCAUCCUCACGGCUUUUCCUGCACCAACUCCUAAUUCCAUACCGCCACCGUCAAUAUCCAAAGCUCCCAAGGGGUAUAUCGUGAGAUCUUCGCCUACGAGUAGCGACAAUGCAUCUCCGCCCUCAAGCCCCCCGCGGGCACACAACACUGACUCGGAAGUCGAACGCAGGCUGCGUGCGCUGGAAGACACUGUUCAAGGCCCACCGCCCGGCUACAACUGA